AUGGAUUCAGGAGGCAUGAAUGUUCCACAAAGAAGACUUCUUUCUAAUACGAAAAUGUUGCAGCAGCAGUCCCGGCUUCAAUGGACUGGAGAAAGAAAGGAGCUGAUGUUGUUGGGCUUUUUCCGCAGUGGCAGCCACGUAAGGAAUUACUCAGCUUACCACUGUUCAUCCAACAAAAUCAUGGGACUAGAACGGAAGCUAUUUACCCCUACAACGGUGUUGAUGGUACAUGCAACACCAAGAAAAGCCACCAUUGCAGCCAGGAUAACUGGGUAUGAAGAUGUUCCUGCAAAGAGUGAAAAGGCUCUUCUUACCACUGUUUCUCAUCAACCAGUUUUUGUUGCCAUUGAUGCUAGUGUUGGUUACAGCGAGAGUGAUUAUGGGACCAAGUAUUGGUUAGUAAAGAACUCAUGGGGUACAGAAUGGGGUGAAGAGGGGUACAUAAGAAUGCAAAGAGAUUUUGAUGAAGCUGAAGGACUUUGUGGCAUAGCGAUGUCUGCCUCUUACCCCACUGCGUAG